AUGACCGCGGCUUCCCUGGAGACCGUCACCCAGGUGCUCCUCGAGCUGGAUGGGUAUCCGCACUUAUCGUGCCAGAUGAUGGCAAAUGGUCUGCCUCACGCUCUCGUCGGUGGUGCCGGAAGGCAUGAGUGUCAGGGGCAGUUCCUCGACCUGGUUCGCGAUGCCCUGCGGGGCGCGGAGCGCGCUGCUUUGGAGCAACAGGCCGAACACGGCCGGCGCGUCGGGGAAGAGCACGCCGCUGUCGAGGCGAAACAGGCAGCCCUCAAAGAGGCCACCGCCUCCGCCGAGGCGGCCACCAGGGUGGCGACUGAGAAGGACCCGAGGAGCUCCUGGAGCAGUCGAGGCACAAGGUGCAGAGGGAAGAGCGCGAGCAUAAGCAGACGGAGCGCAGCACCGCCAGCAUCCAGAAGUCCCUCGCCCACCGCCAGCAGGAGAGAACGAGAAGAUCACAUUCGUGCUCGACUGCCACUUGAAGACGCUCGAAGAGGGCGGCUGGCAGAACGACGAGGCCGAGAAGGACGCAGCGGUUGA